AAUAUAUCUAUCGUUUUCCAUUGGUAACAGUUGUUGAGCAAUCAUUAGUUUAAAUGUAUCCAUCUUUUUCAUUAGAAGGUGAGUCUUGGAGCAACAGUAAAGUUGUUUUCACGUGACCUAUAGGUCUUGGGUUCGAGCCGUGGAAGCAGCCAAUAAUGCUUGCAUUAGGGUAAGUUGUCUACACCGUACCUCUUGGGGGUGUGGCCCUUUCUCGAACCCUCCGUGAAUGCGGAAUGCUUUGUGCACCGGGCUGUCCAAUAGUUGUUGAGCAAAUUGUUCGUUAAACCAUCAGUUUCGGACACGUAUAUAUUUUGUUAGUAUUAAGAGACGAUGAAAUGUGUCCAUUUGCAUAUAUUAUUAAUCAACAUAAGCAGUGGAAUUAUAAAAGAUACUAAUGACUUUUUACUAAGUACAUUGUCUUCUGGAAUAGAACAGUUGAGCAGAGAAGAUGGGGUUGUUGACAAACAUAGUUGAGAGGAGUGAAAUCAAACCGGGAGACCAUAUUUACACUUACAGAACUGCCUUUGCUUACACCAACCAUGGUAUUUUUGUUGGUGGAAGCAAAGUGGUCCAUUUUAACUGUGUCGAGGCCUCGGCCUCUGCCUCUGCCUCUUCUGAUGCUGCGGCUGAGGAAACAUCAGACAUUUCUUCGUCAUGUCCAACUUUUCCUGACUGUGGAUUUAAGCUACCUAACAGUGGCGUCGUUCUUUCUUGUCUGGAUUGCUUUCUUCGCAACGAUUCACUCCACAGAUUCGAAUAUGGAGUUAGUUCACCUGUUUUUCUUGCCAAAGUAAGAGGGGGAACUUGCUCUACUGCAGUGUCCGACCCUCCAGAAACAGUCCUACACCGCGCAAUGUAUCUACUUCAGAAGGGAUUUGGGAACUAUAUUGUGUUCAAAAACAAUUGUGAAGACUUUGCAUUGUACUGCAAAACAGGACUUCUAACAGUUGAUAGACUCGGCGUUGGAAGUAGUGGACAAACUUCUUCUAUCGUUAGCGCUCCUUUAGCUGCACUUCUUUCCUCCCCUCUGAAGUUGCUAAUUCCUCCUGUUGGUGUGGCCACAGUAACAACAGGGAUGUAUUUUAUGAACAGAUAUAAAACUGAUUUUGGUGUUCGAAAAGAUGUUGUCAAAGUAGCAGUUGAAGAACUUGCAGCGAAGCUUGGCUUUGGUUGCAGAAAUGAGAGAUCGAUUGUAGAAUGUGAGGCUUCUAAUUCGGGAACUGGUAGAUGACAUCAGUACUCUAAUUACAUACAAAAUGUUCUUGAUAUUGUACAUUUAGGAUGAAAGUUGCGUAUUUGAUUAGCGUAUAAUGUGUCAUUCUCUUAUUAUACAUAUUGCUACAGAAACUGCUUUUUGGUUAUUAAUGUGUGAAAGGAUAAUGAUCCUCUUCUAAGUUGACAGUGA